AAUCAUCUUAUGAAUUUGUGAAUAUCAAUAUUUACGUAGUUUUUGGCAAUAGCAAGUUUUUGUGAAGAAGCACUUAAAAAUGCCUAUUAAUCAACGCGAACUUUUACAAGCUGUUUCUCAAAUUAGCGAAUUGCAAAGCAUGCGAGUCACUAUUAGACAAUCCGGAAAAUGGGGCUUAAUCACAGGAGCCGCUGUUUUUGGUGGAGGAUUAUUGUUGGGUCCAACUGGUUUAGCUUUGGGAGGUAUAAUUGGUGGCUGUGCUGGAGCUCUUAAAUCAAGAGGUCAGUUUAAAUCAGUGGCUGAGGUUCUUAUGAAUGAUUUAACAAACACAGCAGCAAGAAUUGUUAAUAACACGUCUUCGAAGAGCUGUCCAAGAUGUGGACAUCCAAGACGCUGCUGUCCUUUUACCUUUCAUUAUGAACAAUGA